ACGGGAGCCAUCUCCACUUCCAGCUUUUGAACUAGAAAUUGUUAUUGUAACAGUUAUCCCAAUUUUAGGAUUUUAGUUUAUAGAGCUACCUGAAGCUAAAUAUCCUAUAGCGGACAAAUAAGGGUUGAGCACAUACAGUACUUAUCUUCAAAUAUACAUCUAUGCGUCUUGCAUCUGAUAAACAAGUCUAGACUGUAACUUAACUUGAGGUGUAUGACUAACUCAGCUAUUCAUCAGUUUCAGACCACCUGUCCUGAAUUUUCUGUUUUAGGGCCUUGAUAAAGCAAACAUGUUUCCUCUCAUACAACGAUGCUGCUUCCACACACCUUUCAAACUCCAGAAGUUAACUGCUCCCAAGCUACUGCUUUAUGGAAAGAAUAAGACAACUUGCUCUUCUCUUGGCCUCCGGCUGCAGCGAGAUAUGUGUCCUCUCUCAAGAUCUCCACACCUCAGCAUAGCAUCGGUAUAUGCAACCAAGCUUCAGGGUCUUCACACCUCUGUCCCGUUCUUCAAGAAGAAAGCCCCCAGAGAAUAUGAGAUGAAAGCCCCUGGUGUCUUGAAACGAAGUAUGGAAUCACUAAAGGAUUCUCCCAAGCCAGCCCUCUACUUAAGCCUUGGAGCGCUGAUUCCUUUUGUUUCUAUACCUCUGUCAAUGGCCAUCCAAGGGACCUACUACCCAGAGCUGGCAUUUGCUCAUAUUAUGUAUGGUGCUGUGACAGUCUCUUUCCUAGGAGGGAUGAGGUGGGGGUUCGCUCUCCCAGAAAACAGCCCGGCCAAGCCAGACUGGCUGAACCUGGCUAACAGUACCAUUCCUCCUAUCUUUGCCUGUCAAGCCUUGCUCUUUAAAGAUGUCACUCAAGGUGCAGUAAUGCUAGUAAUGGCCUUGGGGAUAGCACUGCAUUAUGAUGUUUCCCUUCUUCCUACUUAUCCUAGAUGGUUUAAAGUACUGAGGGUAGUGGGAACACUGGUGAUGGUAUUCUCACUGUUAGCUACUGCAUUACUGAAGACUAUCUCAGAGAUAGAGCAAAGUAACAGCAGAAAUGAAUGGCAGAGCAGAAAAUAAUAGAUCAACAGGAAAAAAAUCUAUUUAUCUGCCAGUAAGGGAUUUUUAUCGAGCUCCAGAAGAAGUAAAGACUUGUGCUUGGAAGUUAUAAGAUGGCAGGGAUCAUGUGCUUAUUCAUGAAGCAAACAACUUGGCUAGUUUAGGAGGAAAGGAUUGUAAAUAGCAAUGUUUUCCAAGGCAGGCAUGAGUCUGUCCUAUUUGUAGAACAAAGUAUCACUCUUGAGUGAGAUGCUGCUGAAGUUAAAAUGGAGAUUCAAAUGACCUGGGUAUGAAUUGCUCUAUGCUGAAUCAUUAAAGUAUCUGGUGUAACUAUAA